UUUAAUCAGAAAGCUCCUAAAGUUGCUUCCUUCUCUUCUCGCGGUCCAAAUACUAUUGCGGUUGAUAUUCUAAAGGUAAAACAUUUUUGUGCUCUUGAUUAUUUAUUUUAUUUCCUGGCCUGAGAGACAAUGGUUGGUGGUGUGUAUUGCAGCCAGAUGUAACAGCACCAGGAGUGGAGAUUCUCGCUGCGUAUUCACCUUUGAAUUCACCAUCUGAGGUAUGGUUUGAUAAAAGACAUGUGAAGUACUCUGUUCUGUCCGGAACUUCGAUGGCUUGUCCACACGUUGCAGGCGUGGCUGCGUACAUCAAGACUUUUCAUCCUGAAUGGUCUCCUUCCAUGAUCCAAUCUGCCAUCAUGACAACUGCUUGGCGGAUGAAUGCUACCGGAACCGGGGUUGCAUCAACCGAGUUUUCUUAUGGAGCAGGACAUGUUGACCCAAUAGCCGCUCUUAAUCCCGGACUCGUCUAUGAAUUAGACAAAGCAGACCACAUCGCCUUUCUUUGCGGUUUGAACUACUCUUCAAAAACUCUUCAGCUCAUCGCCGGUGAAGCCAUCACUUGCACUGGAAAGAGCUUACCAAGAAACCUCAACUAUCCUUCAAUGUCGGCUAAACUUUCGGAAUCUAAUAGCUCCUUCACUGUGACAUUCAACAGAACCGUGACCAACCUCGGUACCCCAAACUCAACAUACAAAUCAAAGAUUGUCAUAAAUCACGGAUCUAAACUCAAAGUCAAGGUCUCCCCAAGUGUUCUAUCUAUGAAGUCCGUGAAGGAGAAGCAGUCUUUCACAGUGACUGUUUCAGGCAGCAAUCUCAACACAAAUCUGCCUUCAUCUGCAAAUCUAAUAUGGUCUGAUGGAAAACAUAACGUGAGAAGCCCCAUUGUUGUUUAUACUUAUAGUGGUUAAUGACUGAUAAAGCAUUAUCACUUCACCAUAAUUAUCAAUCAUCAUAUAAUAAAAAUCAAUAUUGUUG